AUGUUGCGGAAAGCUGCAAGCAAUGCAUAUUCAUGGUGGUGGGCAAGCCACAUCAGGACAAAGCAGUCGAAAUGGCUGGAACAGAACCUUGAAGAUAUGGAGGAGAAAGUCACAAGCAUGCUGAAUAUCAUUGAUGAUGAUGGAGACUCCUUUGCACAGAGGGCAGAAAUGUAUUACAGGAAGAGACCAGAACUUGUAAGCAUUGUGGAAGAAUCUUAUCGAGCAUACCGAGCAUUAGCUGAAAGAUAUGAUCACUUAUCAAAAGAGCUGCAAAGUGCCAAUCGCACCAUUGCCUGUGUCUUCCCUGAACAAUUACCAUUUUCCAUGGAUGAAGAAGAUGAAGAAACUGCUAGCCUAACAUCAACUUCUUCCCCUAGUCCUGACAAACCAGGUGUCCAAAAACCAAGCGUCCCAAAAGCUCCAUUCCCAAAGAAAGAUUUCAGGAGCCAGUCUAUGUUGUUGUUGAGAAAGGGACAACUAAAGAAAGCUUAUAGUUUAGCUAAAGCUGCUAGAUUUCCAAUAUCAGGGCUGAGCAAAAAUGAGGCGCUAGAAGAAAUAGAUAAGCUUCAGAAGGAAAUUUUAGCAUUUCAAACUGAAAGGGAGUUUGUGAAGACCUCAUAUGAGCAGGGAUAUCAAAAAUUCUGUGAAAUAGAAGACCAGAUAACAGAAAAGCAAAAGAGAGUAAGCAAUUUACAGGAAGAGUUUGGCGUUUCCUCUUUUAUUGAUGAUAAUGAAGCUCGGACUCUGAUGGCAACUAGGGCUCUAAAAUCAUGCCAAGAGUCCUUGGUUAAAUUGAAAGAAAAACAUGAACAGUCAACUGAAGAGGCAAGAGUGGAAUCCAGAAGGAUUAAGCAUGUAAAUCAGAAGUUUGAAGCUCUCACGAAUAAAUUUAAUUCCCAACAAACAAAUCAGCUAGAGAAGCAUAAGUACGUGAGUCCAACUACGGAGGUUGAUAACAUGAUCUACGAAAUUGACAGUGUGGAUAAGGAGAGACAAGAUUUGGAAGUGUUGCAGAAGGAGAUCGAAGAACAGCUUGAAGUAAGCUCAAAUGCCUCUCUUACAAUGUCACAGCUUGUAGAGAAAAUUGAUGACCUUGUACAAAGAGUUGUUAAUUUGGAAACUGCAGUCUUUUCUGAAAAUUCUUUGGUAAAGAGAUUAAAAUCGGACACGGAUGAGCUUCAGGAACACAUUAAGAGCCUGGAAGAAGACAAGGAAGCUCUGAUUGAAGGCUCAGACAUCAUGAACAAAAGGAUGAAUGAGUUGGAGGGGGAACUAAGUAGAGUUAAAGAUCUUGUAAAAACCGUUGUAGACCAAAAUAACAGCCUCAAAACUCAUUUGACUGAAGCAAGCUGUAAUUUUAAUCAUUUGUCUCUGAAGUUACAAGCUGUGAAGAUGGAUGAGGAUGCUGAGAAUACAGGACACUCCCAAGAAGUAAAAACUGUAUUGGAUGAGAAACCUGACAAGGGAAUGGAAGAACAUGAAAUUGAGUUGGCUCUUGAUGAUAGUUCAGCCUUAAAAGACACAGGAAUUGAAAUGGAAGGGAAGGAAAAAGAUGUUUCAGCUGAAGGAGGAAACUAUGUUGAUCAUGAAUCAAGCUAUAAGUUUGAUGUUGAUUCAGAAAAGAGUCUGGAACCGAGGGAAGAAGACAAAGCUGAGAAGAAAUAUUUGUCCGAGACAGGAAGCAGCAUCCCUGAUACUGAGAUUGAGGAACUAGGGAGUGAUGAAGGAGAAGAGCAACCAAACUGGAGGCAGCUAUACUUGAAUGGACUGGACGACAGAGAAAAGAUUUUACUAGAUGAGUACUCUUCUGUUCUUCGGAAUUAUAAGGAGGUAAGAAAGAAGCUUAAUGACGUAGAGAAGAAAAACCGCGACGGUUUCUUUGAAUUGGCGUUGCAGAUAAGGGAACUGAAGAAUGCUCUCGCCGCCAGAGAUGGAGAGAUUCAAUCUUUACGUCAAAAAACGAGCUUUGCCGAUGAAAUUAAGGAUGGGAGCUUGGUAGAACUUGAAGGACCACGUCUAAGCGCAAGCCAAGAAUCUACCUUGACCUAUUCUAUUCAGACAUCGCCACUAUCUGUAGGACAGGGGAAAGCUGAAUCCAAUGAAAAAGUGGAGGAACCAACUGCACAUGGAAGGUUCAAAGAAUCUCCCAAGAAAAUGGGAGAAAAUGUUAUGCAGGUAAAACCUGUAAGUCAAACCCGUUCUGGUUUAACCAUAGAAGAUAAAAUACGAUCAGGUAUUGAUGACUUGCUGGAGGAAAAUCUAGAGUUCUGGUUGAGGUUCAGCACAUCUUUUCAUCAGAUACAAAAAUAUCAAACUUCAGUCCAGGACUUGAACGUAGAGUUAUCAACACUGAGAGAAAAAAGGAAUCAAGAAGGAAGUGGAAAGCGUCAACCUUUCAAAUCAGAAGCACGCCCCAUUUAUUCACACUUCAGAGAAAUAAGAACUGAAUUAACAUUAUGGUUGGAAAACAAUGCAGUGCUGAAAGACGAAGUGCAAGGUAGAUAUUCCUCAUUGUGCAACAUCCAAGAAGAGAUAGCAAGAGCGACCAAAGCAAGUGGCCGUGCGGGAGAGACUGACCUCAGUGGAUAUCAGGCAGCAAAGUUUCAAGGUGAGGUUCUCAACAUGAAACAGGAAAACAAAAAGGUUGCUCAUGAAUUGCAAUUAGGCUUCAGUCGUGUGAGACAACUCAAGGAUGAAGUUGAGAAAGUAAUGGCUAAUUUGGAAAAGGAACUUGGGACAUCAGUAUCAACAACUGAACAAUCAGGGUCGAGAACAGGGCGGUCUAGAAUUCCUCUGCGAUCUUUCUUAUUUGGAAUCAGGUUAAAGAACAAGUGGCAGUCAAAGGGACCAUCAAUGUUUGCAUGCGUGCAUCCAACAUUGCAGAAACAGCACAGUUACAUAGAAGAACCUACUGAGCCCUCAGGAUAG